UAUCGUAACGGUCACACUGCUGCAAAACAUCUGUGUUUGUGUACUUACUCUUCGGCUAAUCUAAAGAAUGACGAAUACCCGCGUUUAGAUGUCCAAUAUGAGCGAAAAGAUUGGAACACCGCUGCCGGCAGAGCCAGAUGAACUGCCCCAAAUCCCCGUGGUCACCUCCGUGAGCUGCUGCUUCGUGCUGGCCCUGCUCUACGUGGGAAGUCUGUAUAUCUGGAACACGAAACACAACCGGGAUCAUCCCACGACAGUCAAGAGAAGAUUUGUCAGCGUGUCAAUGGUGAUGCUAGUGGCUCCCUUCUUUGUAUACUUUUUCUCAUCGCCGGAACUGCUGAGGCGAGAGCCGUUCCCAAAACUGCUGGGAUUCCGCUUGGAGGGACUGUGGCAGGCUGUGGUGAUACCCUAUGCCCUCACGGCCCUCCUCUUCCUGGGACCCAUCUUUGUCAACAUGCAGAAUGAGUCCAUACGCUCAUAUUUCGAUGUCGACUACUGGCGAGGAUCCUUCAGCAGCAUUAUCUGGGUGCGGAAUCAUGUGAUGGCCCCUUUGAGCGAAGAGUUUGUGUUCCGAGCCUGCAUGAUGCCUUUGAUUCUGCAGAGUUUUUCACCCGUGGUGGCCGUCUUCAUCACGCCUCUGUUCUUUGGGGUGGCCCACCUGCACCACAUUGCCGAGCGACUGAGUCUGGGAGUGGAACUGAGCACUGCCUUGAUGAUUGGUCUAUUCCAGUUCACCUACACUACCUUGUUUGGGUUCUAUUCAGCGUACCUGUUUGCUAGAACAGGUCACUUGGUGGCUCCCUUCCUGGUGCAUGCAUUUUGCAACCACAUGGGUCUGCCGGAUAUCCAGGAUCUGUGGCAGCAAGAUCUCUGGCGACGUGUUCUGGCCAUUGUGCUCUAUAUAGCCGGCUUUGCUGGCUGGGUUUAUUUGUUGCCCCUGGCCACCGUUCCUUCGUUGUAUGCCAACACGCUGUACUGGAAAUAAUAGUACAGAUUUUGAAGGUAGAAACAGUAGCUUUAUUUUUAUUAGGCUCAUCAACUGUUGCCAUAUGACAAGCUUGUAUGUAUCAUGUUUCAUAUCGAAAUAACCUGACUGUGCACAUCAUUAACAACGGUCUUCCUGUUAAUCUAAAACAAUCUACUUUAAGAAAAAUGUGGAUAAUUCAUUUUACCAUCAAUUGAAUUCAUACAAAAUUAUUGAGUUGUAGCCCAUUUUCAUCACAUUUUGGUUAUUAAUUAUUGUCUACAGCAUUUGUAAAUUUUUGUUAAACUAAAAAAAUUAGUGAAAUAUAAACAUAAAUACAUACAUAUGUA